AUGGCCUCCCUGCUCCCCAUAAUCGACGACAUCCUUCCCAUGAUCCUUCCCUCAUCCGUCUCCAUCACCAAGUCCAUCGACAUAAUCCCGCCAAUACCCCCGGUCAUUACGACGGCCAAUGGAGGAAGUCAUAGAGUGCGUGUGUACAGUCGGGACGCGGUGGUGAAUAAGUUGGAUAAGGUUUGCUCGACAGUCCUCAUCCUCUCCCCAACUUCUUACUCAACAAUCCGCCACUACGGCGAACAAGACGCCAUCAUCUACGUCGCCCUCGGCCGCGGCGUGCUUUUGACAGCAUCCAAAGACGAAGAAGACAGCGAACCAGAACGACACGAGCUCAGCCAGGGUGACUUUGCUGCUGUCCCGGCUUGGACUGAACACCAGGUUCUGAACGAGAGUGCGGAGCAAGAUACGCAUUGGGUGAUUAUUCGCAGCGGGAGUCAUCCGGUUGAGGUGCAUCUGAAGGGAUGGGGGAGGGGGAAGGCUGAGUAUCCGCCUUCUAGGGCGUGA